GCUGUUGGAACUGGCCACAGAAUCGGAGAACCAUUAAGGCUGGAAAAGACCUUUAACAUCAUCGAGUCCAACCAUAGCCUAAGUACCGUGACCAGGAAACAACCUAAAGGAGCAGCAUGGUUAUUCCCAGAGAACAAACUUCAUGACUUCCCACGAGCUCAGCAUCAUGACAACAGAGAAGAGUCUAGUGGCAGACACUAACAAUUCAGAGCAGCAGCAAGCCAAGGAGGAGGAGGGAGCUGCUGAAACCCCAAAGCAAGAGGCUUCUCUGGAGGAAGGGCCUCAGCAGACAGCGGAGGGGCAGCCUGCAGUGGAGCAGAAGCAGAAGGCCUCCAACGGUGAGACGCCUGUGCACAAGGAGCAGAGCAAGAGGGAGCGCCGCACCUCUGAGGGCCACGGCCUCUCCCGCCUCUUCUCCUCCUUCCUCAGGAGACCCAAGUCUCACGUGUCUGAAGAGGACAAAGACACUGAUGUUCCUAAAGAGGCAGGAGGUGACCAGAAGGAGCUGGGAUUAGGAGCCAGCCCUGAUGAAGACAUCCUGGUGAAAGCUCCAAUUGCAGCUCCUGAGCCUGAGCUGAAAACUGAUCCAUCGCUGGAUCUCCACUCCUUGAGCAGUGCAGAGACACAGCCUGCACAGGAGGAGAGGAGGGGCGACCAGGAGCCCGAGAGCAAAGACCUUGGAGGCAAGGAAGGAGGGGAAGCAAAGGAGGAGUGCACCAAGCCAAAGCUGAAACAGGAGACUCUGGAGACCAAAGCAGAGAAGGAUUUGAAAGCUGCCCAGAAAACAGUAAAAAAACACAGAAACAUGUACUGCAAAGUUGUCUUGCUGGAUGAUACCACUUUUGAGUGCUCCGUGGAUAAACAUGCCAAGGGACAGGAUCUCCUUAAAAAAGUCUGUGACCACCUCAAUCUCCUGGAAGAAGACUACUUUGGUUUGGCCAUAUGGGACACACCAACCUCCAGGACAUGGCUGGAUCCUGCCAAAGAAAUAAAAAAACAGGUUCAUGGAGGCCCCUGGGAUUUCACUUUCAACGUCAAGUUUUAUCCACCAGACCCUGCACAGCUGACAGAGGACAUCACCAGGUAUUAUUUGUGUCUUCAGCUCAGGCAAGACAUCAUUACGGGGCGGCUGCCCUGUUCCUUUGCCACUCUGGCUCUGCUGGGUUCCUACACAGUCCAGUCUGAGCUGGGCGACUACGAUUCUGAUCUGCACGGCCCUGAUUACAUCAAUGAAUUUAAACUGGCCCCAAACCAGACAAAAGAGCUUGAGGAGAAAGUGGUGGAGCUUCAUAAAACAUACAGAUCCAUGACUCCAGCCCAAGCAGACCUGGAAUUUCUUGAGAAUGCAAAAAAGCUGUCAAUGUAUGGAGUUGACCUUCACCAAGCCAAGGACUUGGAAGGAGUGGAUAUCACUCUGGGAGUCUGUUCCAGUGGCCUUCUCGUUUACAAAGAUAAGCUGAGAAUCAACCGCUUCCCCUGGCCCAAGGUCCUGAAGAUUUCCUACAAACGCAGCAGCUUCUUCAUCAAGAUCCGGCCAGGGGAGCAAGAGCAGUAUGAAAGUACAAUUGGGUUCAAGCUACCAAGUUACCGGGCAGCAAAGAAGCUGUGGAAAGUCUGUGUCGAGCAUCACACCUUCUUCAGGCUGACUUCCACUGAAGCCAUUCCCAAGAGCAGGUUCCUGGCACUGGGCUCCAAGUUCCGCUACAGUGGCCGGACGCAGGCGCAGAGCAGGCAGGCGAGCGCCCUGAUCGACCGCCCUGCGCCCCAGUUUGAGCGCACGGCCAGCAAGCGAGCCUCCAGGAGCCUGGAUGGAGCUAAAUGUGCGACUCAGAGAGUUGAGUUCAGAGCCAUAGAGGAAGAGAAGCAGGAGAAGGUGGUGGUGGUUGAGGUUCCUGAACCAAAACCCAUGGAUGAAAUCCGAGAGAAGCCAGACAAACACACUUUUGAAAUGAAGCCCAUUGCAGAGGAGGAAGAGGAGCAGAAGGUAGAGGUGGUUAAGGUUCCUGUGGCCAAGCCAAAGUUUGUGGAGCCACUGCCAACAUGGUCAGCCAAACGUGCUCUUGGCAAUGUUGAGAUAAGUCCAAUUGAAGAGGAGGAGGAAGAAAAAGUGGUGAUGAGAGAACCAGAGGCGGUCCUGCAGGAGCCAGCAGUGGCCAUGAUAACCCCUGAGAGGAGUCCCCGUCCCACCUCUGCCCCGGCCAUUGCUCAGAGCCAUGCUGCAGAACAAGUCCCAGCUAAGCCUGAUGUGAAGGAUAUGGUCACUGCAUCUAAAGUAGAAAAGGAAACAGCAAAACCUGAUGUGAGAUGUGAAGAAAUCCCAGUGGAGAGAGCCAAGUUGGAAACAGACGAUUCAUCAAAGCAGCAGCCUGCAGAGAAAGAGGAAGAGCUGAUAAGAAUGAGGAAGAAAAGAUCAAAGAGGCUAGAUGGUGAAAACAUUUAUAUCAGGCAUAGCAAUUUAAUGUUGGAGGAUCUAGAUAAGACCCAGGAAGAGAUAAAGAAGCAUCACGCCAACAUCAGUGAAUUGAAGAAGAACUUUAUGGAGUCCGUUCCGGAGCCUCGGCCGAGUGAAUGGGACAAGCGUUUGUCCACUCACUCCCCCUUCCGAACCCUCAGCGUCAAUGGGCAGAUUCCCGUGGGAGCAGAUGGACCACCGCUAGUGAAGACCCAGACAGUCACCAUCUCUGAUGUGUCCAGUGCUGUCAAAAGUGAAAUCCCCACCAAGGAAGUUCCCAUUGUCCACACCGAGACAAAGACCAUCACCUACGAAGCUGCACAGACAGAUGGUGGCAAUGGAGACUUAGAUCCUGGCAUCCUGCUGACUGCUCAGACCAUCACUUCAGAAACCACCAGCAGCACCACCACCACUCAGAUCACAAAGACUGUAAAAGGUGGAAUUUCAGAGACACGGAUUGAGAAGAGGAUUGUCAUUACGGGAGAUGCAGAUGUAGACCAUGACCAGGUCCUUGCGCAGGCGAUAAAGGCAGCGAAGGAGCAGCACCCAGACAUGUCGGUGACCAAAGUGGUUGUGCACCAGGAGACCGAGAUCGCGGAGGAGUAGUGAGGCUGUGAUGGACAAGUGAGUGAUGGAUGCUGCUU